CAUCUCCCUCUGCACCCCAAUCCACAAUAACCUCACCCAUCCACACUACUUAGUCACCACUCAAUCACCCAACACACACACCAACAUGGCAGAACCAAAUCUCCACCCAAUCCCCCACACCACCCUCUCCGCCCUCGUCCACCGCAUCCUCACCGCCAACGGCGUCUCCCCUGCUGACGCCACCAUCAUCGCCAACUGCCUGAUCCAAGCCGAUCUGCGCGGGGUCGACACGCACGGCAGCAACCGCAUUCCAAGCUACAUGGCGCGCAUCCGGCAAGGGGUGCUCAACCCCUCCGCCACCCCGACCCUCACGCAAAUCACCCCGGUGGUGGCCUCGGUGGACGGCCGCAACGCCUUCGGCUUUGUGGCCGCCCACCGCGCCAUGGACCACGCCAUUGCCAUCGCCCGCGAGUUCGGGAUCGGGUUUGUGUCCGUCAAGCACAGCAACCACUUCGGCAUGUCCGCGUGGCUGGUCCAGCAGGCGGUCGACGCCGGCAUGUUGAGUCUGGUGUUCACGAACUCCUCCCCGGCGUUACCGGCGUGGGGCGGGCGGGAGAAACUGCUGGGGGUCAGUCCGAUCGCGUGCGGUGCGCCGGCGGGAUCCGCGCCGCCGUUUAUUCUGGAUAUGGCGCCGAGUGUGGCGGCGCGGGGGAAGAUCUACAAGGCGCUCCGGCGGGGCGAACCGAUUCCGGAGGACUGGGCGCUGGAUGCGGCGGGGAAUCGCACCACGGACCCGGCCCGGGCGCUGGAGGGGGUCAUGUUGCCGAUAGGGGGGCCCAAGGGGUCGGCGCUGGCUAUCAUGAUGGAUGUGUUUUCUGGGGUCCUGUCUGGCAGUGCGUUUGCCGGGGGGGUCACGGGCCCGUAUGACCCCUCGCGAGAAGCGGAUGUGGGGCAUUUCAUUGUGGCUAUCAAGCCGGAUUUGUUUGUCGGGUUGGAGGAAUUUAAGAGUCGCAUGGAUUACUUGUAUCAGAAGGUGGUCGGCGGGGAGAGGAUGCAAGGGGUGGAGAGGAUUUAUUAUCCCGGAGAGAUUGAGUUGGAAAUGAAGGAGCGGAGGUUGAAGGAGGGAAUUCCCUUGGCGGAGGCGGAGAUCCGGGCGCUGAAUGCGGAGGCGGAGAGGGUGGGGGUGGAGGGAUUAAUUGUAAAGGAUCAUUGA